AUGUUACCAAUAAGAGAACACGCAUCAACUGAAUCAUCAAAGAAACAAAAACGUGAACAGCCCAGCAUCGAUACUCGUGCUUCGAGAGUAGGCGUAACAAAUUUCAUAAAUGUUAUAAAGUCUCUACAUCCGGGAGAAUCGAUGACCUAUUUUCCUAUAACACAGCAAACGCUUCAGGAAUAUAUAGACAGCAAACGUAAAGCCUUGAUCAAAGCUAGUUCUCUAAAACAAUAUCUGCAACACAUACAAGGGUAUAACAUUGCUUUGGGCUACGGUUGGGAUGGAAGC